GUUAAGAUAUUGACGCGAGAGUUUGAAACGAGAAUUGAGUACAACAUGGCGGACACGGGAGAGGGAGAUUCCGAAAAUAUCAAGAAAGAGAAUGAACUUAAAGUUGAAGAUGGAAAAACUUUGUCGGUGGAAGAUUGUUCCGCACCAGAAGGGGAGAAAAAGAAGAAGCGAAAACGAAAGAAGAAAAAAGGAGCUCAAGGAGAAUCCGAAGUAGGAGAGCAAAGCAAUUUAGAGAAAGAUGUUGAUGAAGUUACAGAAAAACUGGAAAAACAGAAAGUGAAUGGAGAUGAUGAUGGUGACGAAGGAGAAAAAGUUGCUGCUGAACCUGAGACUGGUAAAAAGAAGAAGAAAAAGAAGAAGAAGGGAGGACAGAAGCAACAAACAGAUCCCCCAACAAUUCCUAUUAGUGAAAUAUUUCCAAAUGGAAAUUAUCCACAAGGGCAGAUCCUGCCUCAUCCUGAUGUGGAUGGAGUGACUGCUGCAUGGCGGACCACCAAUGAAGAGAAGAAAGCAAUGGAGAGAGCAGAAGCAGAUAUAUACAGUGAUAUACGUCAAGCAGCCGAGACACAUAGACAAGUUAGAAAAUAUGUACAGGGUUUUCUGAAACCAGGUUUACAAAUGAUAGAUAUUUGUGAGAGACUUGAAACAGCUGGAAGAAAGUUGAUCAAUGAGAAUGGUUUGAAAGCUGGUCUUGCGUUUCCUACAGGAUGUUCAUUGAAUUAUUGUGCUGCACAUUACACACCUAAUAAUGGUGAUACAACUGUUCUGACAUAUGAUGAUGUAUGUAAAAUAGACUUUGGUACACAUGUCAAUGGUCGUAUUAUUGACUGUGCCUUCACCGUUGCAUUCAAUCCCAAGUAUGAUAAUCUACUGGCAUCAGUAAAAGAUGCUACUAACACAGGAAUAAAGGAAGCUGGCAUUGACGUAAGGUUAUGUGAUGUUGGUGAAAGGAUACAGGAAGUGAUGGAGUCAUAUGAAGUGGAACUAGAUGGGAAAACGUAUCAAGUCAAACCUAUUAGAAAUUUAAAUGGGCAUUCUGUAGGGCAAUAUAGGAUACAUGCUGGCAAGACUGUACCAAUUGUGAAAGGGGGUGAAGCUAUCAAAAUGGAGGAAGGAGAGUUUUAUGCCAUUGAAACCUUUGGUAGUACAGGUAAAGGAGUUGUCCAUGAUGAUUUGGAGUGUUCUCAUUAUAUGAAAAACUUUGAUGUAGGACAUGUUCCUCUUAGACUGCAACGUGCCAAGACCUUGUUGAACACAAUCAAUCAAAACUUUGGAACACUAGCUUUCUGUCGUCGCUGGUUAGAUCGACUAGGAGAGUCAAAAUAUCUGAUGGGGCUUAAAAGUCUCUGUGAUGCAGGUAUAGUCGAUGCCUAUCCACCACUUUGUGACAUGAAGGGUUGCUAUACCGCACAGUUUGAACACACCAUAUUGCUGAGACCAACUUGUAAAGAAGUAAUCAGUCGUGGGGAAGACUACUGAACAUAAUUCGGAUACCAAUUAUGCGCACAAGUCCUUGGCUUUGUUUUCUUUUUCAUUUUGCAAAACAUUUUCCAGGGCAUUAAUUUCUUUCUCAUCAUUUUAGUGUAAUUGGAGAUGUUAUGAAGUGCGCCCUUACUGUCUUGUUUUCAUUUUUCAGUGAUUCAAUUCAAAGGUGACAUUAGCUGCAACUUUAACAUUACACACAAAUAUUUAUACAUAAUCUACUGAUAUUUCAAAGUGUGAUGUCAUCACUGACGAGUGAUUCCUUUUACAACGGCCAUACCUCUCAGUCUAUAACAGGGAGUCAGAAGUCUAAGAUGACGUCACGCAUGAGAAAUACCAGCAGAUUAUAUAUUUAUAUACACAUGUAUCAUACUCAUAGACCCUGGAAUGUAGACAAAUUUCGAUUUUUAUCAAAUAAAUUAUGGGACUAUUUGACUAAUUCUUUGCCAUAAUAUUUUGAUGUCUAAACGCAAAAAGGUGUCAUGCACUGUGUAUUGAACACACAAUCAAACACUACUGUCAUGAAUCUCCAUGUUAGUAGCCCAGGAUUUACCAUAUUUGACUGCAUAUUAUUAUUAUUUAAGAUAAAUCAACGGGAAUGUGCUGUCGUAGAGUUACACAUUAUAACUGGAUGCUUUUAUUUACAGAGUGGUAUCACAGUUCUGUGCACUAACACUGCCACUGACUGCGUACUGCAUGUCUGUUUGUCUCAUAAAUGAUUUUGCUAACUAUUGAGUAAUAAAAUAGUUAUUAUUCUCAGUUACACAUCAUCUUGUACUCUUAGCUAA